UCCCCCUCUCUCUUUUUCAAAAUUGAAAUUAAUUGAAUUACAUUUCCCCGUUCCUCAUCCAUAGCCCUUUUCCCCUGAUCUCGUCUGCAGGUCUAGUCUGCAUAUCCUCAAUCAUGGAGGAAUGCCUCAACCCAUUCCCUGGUCCUUCCCUCUAAAUUACAUCCUUCAGUCUUGCCACUUGGUACCUUUUUCUCAUUUUUUUUUUCUGAUAGUAUACCCUCUUGAUAUCACUUCUCAAUGUGCUUCCUUUUAGGCCGAAUUAAUCAUCAUCCGUAAUUCCAUUGACCAUGUAGAUGAUUAAGUGCCGAUGUAGCCUGGUACCUGUAAAAUAACUGUGCACUAGUUUAUUCCAAGCCAGAAGUUACCAUACGACCAUUUCUACCGCGUCUGACCGCGGUAGAAAGAUCGGUACCACGCACCAUUCGCAUGCUUCGUACGUGAACCUACUGAAUGCCGGGAACGGCCCCUGGGAUCGUACGACAACUAGGCCGUUCGGUCACAUCAUCUGCUUGCAAUAAAAAUCUGUCGAUCUUCUUUGAAGUCAAAUCUGCUGCAUUUGAACUAACGAGAUUGCCAAACUGUUAAGUUAGAAGUAGUGUCAGCCAUGAGCAGUGAAAUUCUGACAAGGGAAGAGACCGAGGCUGUGCGCCAGGAGCGACUGGCCUGGAUUGCGGCCGCUGGCAACGCAGGUGGAAAGAUGCAGCGAAUGACCCACGCCAGCGAGGGAGCCCUGGAGGGCAUGCAGAGCGAGCAUUACUUCCAGGCCACCCAGUACAAAGUGGUGACUGCCAACUCCUUCCUGGACCACCAGAGCAAGCUCCACAUUGACAGCCGCCCGGGCAAUGUGCGCAACACAGGAAUCGUUUGCACUAUAGGGCCUGCAUCCAGAGAUGUAGACACCUUGGAGAGAAUGAUGCAGGCUGGGAUGAACAUCGCACGGAUGAAUUUCUCUCAUGGAACACACGAGUUUCAUGCCCAGACCAUUCAAAAUGUACGUGAGGCAGAAAAACGGUUCAAGUUUAGCCGCAACAUUGGCAUCGCUCUGGACACUAAAGGGCCUGAGAUUCGUACUGGUUUGCUGGAAGGGGGAGGGAGUGCCGAGAUCAAGCUGGUCCAAGGAGAGAAGAUCCGUGUUUCCUUGGAUCCAGCUCACGCCAACAAUGGGAACAAGGAGCGCAUUUUUGCUGACUAUGCCAACAUGAAGAACGUGCUGGAACUAGACGGAACCAUAUACAUUGACGACGGGCUGAUCUCCCUUCAGGUGGAAGAAAUCGGGGAUAAUUACAUUGACUGCAUCAUUUUGAACGGAGGCAUGCUGGGGUCAAAGAAGGGCGUGAACCUUCCUGAAGCUAUUGUCGACCUCCCGGCAGUCUCGGAGAAAGACAGGGCUGACCUGAAAUUCGGUGUGGAGCAAGGGGUGGACAUUGUCUUUGCAUCGUUCAUCCGCAAGGCAGCUGACGUUGCAGAGGUACGCAGUGUACUCGGCGAGAAGGGCAAAAACAUUGCCAUCGUCAGCAAAAUUGAGAACCACGAAGGACUACACAGAUUUGAUGAGAUCCUUGAGGCCAGCGAUGGCAUCAUGGUGGCCAGAGGCGACCUGGGCAUUGAAAUCCCUCCAGAGAAGGUCUUCCUUGCACAGAAGAUGAUGAUCAGCCGCUGCAGCCAAGUGGGCAAGCCGGUCAUUUGUGCAACCCAGAUGUUAGAGAGCAUGGUGAAGAACCCUCGGCCAACCCGAGCUGAGACCAGUGAUGUGGCCAAUGCCGUGCUGGACGGGGCUGACUGUGUCAUGUUAUCUGGGGAAACCGCCAAGGGGGCCUACCCGGUGGAGGCAUGUGCAAUGAUGCACAAGAUCUCUCGCGAAGCAGAGUCAGCUGCGUUCCAUCGCAUGAUAUUUGAUGACCUUGUGCGUUCUGCCGAGAUGCCCACGGGUGCCGCCAUGACCGUUGCCAUCGCUGCCGUGGAGGCAUCAUACAAAUGUCUGGCAGGGGCCAUCAUUGUCUUGUCCAAGACAGGAAGAUCCGCGCACUUGGUGUCCCGAUUCCGCCCGCUGGUACCCAUCAUUUCAGUCACCCGCGACCCCAGAGUGGCUCGCAAGAUGCACCUGUACAGGGGCUGCUUCCCCAGCCUCUUCAGAGAGCGCGAGCUGGAGAACUGGCAGGAUGACAUCGACCGGCGAGUCAAGUUUGGCAUCGACACAGGCCUCCACCGAGGCUUCUUCAAGGAAGGGUCACCGGUCAUCGUGGUGACCGGCUGGCGCUCUGGGGCAGGCUUCACUAACACCAUGCGAGUUUUGUACGCAUAAUAAGGCUAUGGCAAGGACGGUGUGUCUGCCCUGAUGGGGUCACUCGGGAAACAAUUUUCUGUUCAAAAUGGCAAAUUCACAGGGGGAUGCAAUUUUCACUUUAGUGUAAGACCCUGCUAAAUGUUUUGACAAAAUUGGAAGUGGGGUGGACACUAAGGGGCAGCCACUGUUCAAACUGUAGCUUGGAAUGUCAUGAAUCUAACCUCUUUAUCGUUUCUUACUUUGGAAACUGUUUUGGGUUACAUGUUGUCAAAAUCAUAUUCCCCUUUUGUCUCCUGAGUUUUUAAUAGAGAAGCAACAUCCUGUGUUUUUAUUUUCAAAGAAAUUGGAGAGUGAAGUCAUACGGCAGGCCACUUGACCUUUUUUUAAUUGAUUAGGGAAGUAAAAAUCAAGUUUGGAGCUAGUAAGCAGCAAUGCAUACCGCAUUCACUCUUUGGAAACAAGAUAUGACAGGAUUUAGGUGAAAAAAACUGAAAUGCACGUAUGGAAUAAGCAGAUGUUUAUCUUCAAAGUUAAAAAGAAAAAUCAGAAAACUAUUUCUCUGUUUUCCUUGUUUUUUAUGCCCAAAAGAUACUUUUAAAACUAUAUGUUUAAAAUAAUUGAAAAAAAUCCUAGCACAGUGUUGCUUGCUGUUCUUGGAAUGAAAUUUGGUGUGGAGAAGAAUUCACCCCCUGCUUCUUGACACUGUGCUCUCAAUGUGACUAAAAUGACUAAAAUUUAUACUAACCUAGCACAUAUCUGAGUCUAUCGAGGAGUAGGGAAGUUCUUUUCCUAGUUGAAAAAACACAAACAAAAAUACUAAUAAUACAGAAUAUUUAUAAUGCGCUAAGUCCACCUUGAUAAUGUGCUUAAAGUACAGAGAUCAAGGGGACAUUAACAAAUUAUACACAAAGUGAUAAUCCGAAGUAUUGUAAAUGAACAUGCAGAUUACAGAAAUUAAGUUGUGAAAGACAUUAAGUUGUGAAAGAAACUAAGUUGUGCAUGAGUAAGAUGGGUCCCAAAAGUAUUAUGGAAGUCAGAGGUUUGUAUCAUAUAGUUUCUAAUGUCAGAACCUCUGUUGGUAGGAGUGGGAGCUCUGGGACGAACUUUUCUGCUGAAAAUGUCCAUGCGUUUGUGAAAAAGGACUUUGGCAUGCAUUGAAGAUGCAGUACUCUUUGCAAACACUUGAAUAUUUGUUCUGUUCUUGCAUGUAUUUCAGGCUGUUUAGCCCAGCGCAUGCUUUGUUGGCUUCUUCAGAGUAUUCAACUCAACCGUGAAAUUUCAGCUUCAUUUCUGCAAUUUAACAGCCUCACAUAACAUUUUAGUGUAUUCUGGACAUAUACAAAAGAAAAGAUUACAGUAGUACUGGCAUCAGGAAGUGUCAGGUUUUUUGUGUAUUGCUGUGUAAAUGUGUUGGUGAAUCUACUUGUAGAUAAUAUUUGUCACAGUAUUUCAGCAAUUUGUUCGAGGAAGGCCCAGGUAUUGUGUGCCCAGAUUUGUGCACAAAUUGCUCCUUUUGAAUAUUUAACAUUCAAUCCCUUUAGAGUGACAACGGCAUCAACAUUAGAAAUGAUUCAUGAAGUAAUAUUCUUGAAUCCGUGUUUACCCCGAGAAAUCCUUUCCCACAGUGAUAAAAUCUUGUUUACUGCCUUUGCGUAUAUUCAAAGUUGUAUGAAUGUGAUCACAAUGCUAAAAAUGGAUGUUGUGAAUUUCAGGUAACUGGCUGUGCAGUACAUCUUCUUGAGAAAUUGAAUUAAUGUUUUGUGUCGGACGUUUAAGGCAAAUUAUUGCACAAAAGCAGUACAGACGCAUACCAAGAAUGCGUAGUGGUCAUUAAUGUCAUUGGACACUAGCAAAAUAUUGUAAAGAUCACAAGCUGAACCAAAACAGUAAAGGUACAAACUAUUGUAUUGUGUAUUAGUUGGUUUACAUGGAUUAUUUAUGAAAGGCGUUCACAUGUUUACUCUCUUUUUUUUUUAUGAAGCUGUAGUUGCCCUAAGUAGUGAGCAAAGUUUCUCAUCUAUAGAAUGGUGUUUCUGCUCAAAGUUGAAGGUUUUCAUGGUGGACGCAGUAAUGAGAUGAAAUUUUGUGGUAGCACCGUGUAUCUCUUUUCUGAGUUAGUAGAGUUUGAAUAGAACUGCUACACUCAAUGUUUCAUACACCGUGCCCUGUCUGUCGUCAGGAGAAUGCAGUGUGUGUGGUUGUUUUGACUAUGCAAAGGUUGCCGCUGAGCAGGAAAAUUUAUGUUUUAAGUAAAAAUCAGUGGAAACCAGGCAAAAGAAGCACUGAAUUCAUGGCAGUUUGACCAGUAACCACCAUAUUACUUAGCAAAUACUUUCCUUUCUUAGUUAAAUUCCUAUGUUCGGCUGGUCUUUGAAAUUGCUCCCUGGUGCAUGAGUAGCUGUAUUUAAUGAUGAUAACAUCAAUGGUUAACUUGAUGUUUUAUAACCUCAUUGAUAAAAGCUUCUGUAAAGAAACAUGUAAGGUAUGACUCUUGAAUGGUCUAGAGGCAAACCUGAAAACUGUUAAACUUCGAUGCACAACCUCAAAUUAACAGUCUGCCUGACUUUGGAACUGCAUCUUACGGAGAAGCUAAUAGACAUGAUUUUGCAAAGAAAAAAAGAUUAUUAGUAAAAUUUUAUGAUUUGUGCUUCUCAUGACAGGUCAAAGGGCCAAGCAGAUGGGGAAAAAUUGGGGAAUUCUUGUCCCUGGCAGCAUAGAUCAUAUGACAUUGGACUCAAUUGUGACCCGUUUCUACUGUUGCCAGUAGCAAAUAAAAUUUGUAUCAAGACUUUGUGUAACUCAAUGAUGAGAUUGGCCCUAGGUCCCCACAGUUUAUUACAAGAAUGUAAUUCUGGCCAACUUUAACAUAAUGGCCUUAUUAUUAAUAUGCAUAUGUUAAUUACACAAUUUGCAACCUGGCUUUGUAGUUCAAUUUCAUUAUUUCUAGUCUGGCGCUCAGCAGGAACACUGAAGUGGUGAGGGCGACUAAAAGUUGCAUACAUUUCAUUUUGAUUUGAAGUUUACCUGCUCUUGAAUGAGUCUGGAAUUUGAGAUGAAGCAGGAGCUGCAGAUGGAUAUAAAGUGGAGGUCUGGAGAAUGAGAUUGUUCAGCCAUCACAUGGUAAAAGACUCUACUGAUAAUCAUACACGGGCCACCUUAAGUCAAAGAACUUCCUUGCGUAGGUCGAGGCUGACUCCGAUGAUGUACAUGCAAAGUUUGAGGUUUGUGAUUGAAAUGUGUGCUAUUUUCUCAGAUUAAAGAUUGAAUAAAGGAGCAAGUUAAGCCUGUGGAAAGUUAAGUAUUAAAAUGUGAGGCAAAGAAA